GAGAAGUUUCCUGUUAGAGGAAAAGGGAAAAAGUGACUUCUCAUUGAGAACACUGGACACUUAUUGGACUCUGGGCUGUUUGGAGGCUUUUCUCCGAGGAACAAAAGCGAGUCUGACGACAUUUCACAGCAUCUUGUUCUCUUGGAAGGUUCUUGUUGAUCAAUCUGCCAGUGGCCAAGAGAGGAACUUCAUUAUUAACCUGAAGGAACCAAACACCAAAGACAUGAAAGAGGAAGAACCAGAACCUCAAGGAAUUAAAGAAGAACAGCUUGGACUCUGUAUCUUUCCAGAUGAAAAGCAACUUGUUAAGCAGGAGACAGAAACCUUUGUAGGGUUUUCUGCUUGUGACAAACUAUUUCAAGUUGAACCUGAACAGCAACUGAUGAACGUGACAAUGGAGGAACCAGAACCUGUAGAGAUUAAAGAGGAACAUGGGGAUCUCUGGAGUAAUGAGGAUGAUGAGCAGCUUGUAGUGAAGCAGGAGGCUGGCACAUUUAAGGUGACUCCUCUGGAUUUAAAAUAUGACACAAAUGAACCAGAAGAGAAAAUGAACCAACUUCUCAAUGCAGACUCCCCUGAAGGUGAGAAGCAACAUCAGCAGGAUAAUAAUCACGAAGAGUCAGGAUCAAACACAGAUACAGAGCUAAAGCGUAAAAAGAGACGAGAGAAAACCAAAGAUCACAGUGAUGGUUCAAAACUAAAAAGACAUAAGACCAUUAAACUUUGUGAAGCAUGUGGUAAAUGUUUCACCAAGUGUAGAUGUUUGACUAAUCAAAUUAAAGAAAAUACAGGGGAGAAAUCUUUCCCAUGUAUGCUUUGUGGAAAAGGUUUCCCCUGGCAAAGUCAUUUAAAUAUCCACAUGAGAGCCCACACAGGGGAGAAGCCUUUUUCUUGUCCAACUUGUGCAAAAAGUUUUUCCACUAAAGGUAUCCUGAGUAGGCACACAAGAACUCAUACAGGGGAGAAGCCAUACGCUUGUGAAAUAUGUGAUAAAUCUUUCAGUGUCAGUAGUCAUUUAGCUGGUCACAUUAGAACACAUACUGGUGAAAAGCCGUUUUCCUGUCCAACUUGUGCAAAAGGUUUUUCCACUAAAGGUAGCCUGAGUGUUCACAUAACAACUCAUACGGGCGACAAGUCUUAUCUUUGUAAAGUGUGCGAUAAAUCUUUCAGCACUGGUCGUUAUUUAGCUCGUCACAUGAGAACUCAUACGGGCGAGAAGCCAUAUGCAUGUGAAAUGUGUGAUAAAUCUUUCAGCAAAGGUAGUCAUUUAGCUGUUCACAUGAGAACGCAUACUGGUGAGAAGCCGUUUUCCUGUUUAACUUGUGCAAAAGGGUUUUCUCAAAAAGGUAGCCUGAUUGAGCACAUAAGAACUCAUACGGGCGAGAAGCCUUAUCAUUGUAAAGUAUGUGAUAAAUCUUUUACUUCCUCUAAUAUUAGGCUUACACAUAUGAGAACUCAUACGGGUGAGAAGCCUUAUCAUUGUCAAGUGUGUGAUAAAACUUUUACUUCCUCUAGUAAUAGGAUUAAACAUAUGAGAACUCACAGAUGAGAAGCUGUAUGCUUCUAAAGCGUGUGCUAAGUCUUUCAGAAACAGUUGUCAUCUGGCUGAUCACAUGCUAACCUACAGGUGAGAAGCCUUUCCUGUGUCUGAUGUGUAGAAAAUGUUUCUUCAAACAAAGCAAUCCAAGUGUCCACAUGAGAAUCCAUGGUGAUGAGAGGCCUCACUCUUGAGAUACAUAUAAAUCACUGACUAAUGUUGUAAAUAAGCUAAACAAAACAUACAGGUCAGUUAAAUCAUUAAAUGACAAGUUAUAACUUCUGCUUAUUCAUGGAUUGAUGGAGUUAUCUACUGAACACCUAUUCAAGGCUUGAUAAUAAUCCUUGGUGUGUUAUUUAAUCAUUAGAAUGAGAUUUAGAUUAAUUUUGUCUUUCUUCUGUUGUUCAUUUGAAUAAAUGAUAGGGCUCAUGUAACACUAAAAAUUAAAUUAUAUACUCAAACUUUAUAAAAGUUAAACAUUUUUACUCUUAAAGCUGACUGGUUUUUAGCUGUUUAUAGUUCAACCCACCCUGACAAAAACUAUUUUCAUUAAGAAAACCCAGAUCAUGAUGCUGCCAACACCAUGUUUCACUGUGGAUGUAAUGUGUGUUUUAAUAAUGGCCGGGUUGAUUUGUUUCAAACAUGCCUUUUUGGAGUUCAGUUUCAUCUCGGGCACCCAUAUUUGCUAAAUUCCUGCAUGAACUCAAAGUGCAACAUGGUUACUGUUUGUUACCUCUUGUAACCCUGAACAUUUAUUAUGUUCAAUUGUACAGAAUGUAUUUGAAAUUUGUAAUUGUAUGAAUGUUAAAGGUAGAAAAGUUUAAUUUUCUGUAGUCAUAGCUUUCAUAAAAACUCAGCUUUUGGGGCUUGUAUGAGGUCUUGAUGUUGUCUCACUGCUUGUAGGAGGUGAUUUGACAGGGCGGCUCUUUUCGAAGUGGUCUUGGCUCAGGCAAUCAGCAGCCAACUGUUCAAUAAGUCACCCCUUCAAGAUAACUAGCACAACACAACAGAGUGCAAUUAGUGUUCUUAUCCAGAUCACUACUGUCAUCCUUUAAUUAAAACCUUUAAGCAAUUUUCCAAUCAGAUAUUCUUGUCGACGAUUAUUUUCAUCUUAGCCUGGAAGUUCUGCAAUGUUAUCAUUACAUUUAGGUUCGCUGACAUAUGAAUGUAUAGGCAGCAGUAUUUCUCAGUUUAUUAAAAGCAAUUUUCAAACA